AUGGGCCGGCCUUCCUCGCCGAGGGCGCCCACCCUUGCAUCCCACGGCUUUUCGAAUACGCCGCAGCAAGGUCCGGUCACCACGGUGUUCACGAUGCGCAUUGAUCGACACGUUAUCCUGUCGAUGCUGGCCGUUGGGGGCCUCGCAAGCCCGCUGGCCAGCACCGACGCAUCACCGAGCGAGGCGUCGAGCGAUUGCAGGUCGGACUGCGUCGGAGACGUCGUGUCCGUGCACGUCUUCGAGGACCGUGGCUGGUUCUUCGGGACGGCCAAGGACUGCAAGGUCGACAAGGUGGCCUACGAGGUCUUCCAGUCCACCGUCACGGCCAAGAAAGCCAUGCAUAUGAUGAUGCAUUGGUCCUGGCUCGCAUGUGGUCGGGUCGAGCUUGAGAAACCUGUGCCACCAGAGGUGCUGCUGAGGACGUGCCUCCUUCGAGACUGGCACCGCGCUCCGCCUCGGCAAACCACAGCAGAAGCGGCACAGCAGGCCCGGACGAUUUCCUCGACGCCCGCUGGACCUCGGGGCCGACCACGUCACCGGCAGGAAUGUCGGCCGCAGGAAGGAUCGGGCGCGAACGGGGCAACGACGGCCACGGCCCACAACAUCUCUCCGAGGACGAAGGAUCAGGAGCGCGACGGGGCCAUGGAGGACCGCCGUGACCACGCAACACUCGCGCAGCAAGUUGGCGGCAAUUUGCUGCGCGGCGCAGUCGACGAUAUUCCACGAUGA